UGUCAAACGCAACAGUCAAGCAAUCAUGGUACAAAAGUUGAUCAUUCUCAGCGCUUUGGUGGCCGCCGCCAGCGCCGUCGCUGUCCUGCCAGGUGCCGGUUACCCCGGUCUGGCGUUGCCUGCUUUGCCCGCCUUGCCUGCACUGCCAGCUUUGACGAAGAUCGCUACGCCUGUGCUGCCCGCCAUCACCAAGUACGCCGCGCCACUUGCCGUCGCCAAGGUGGCCGCUCCCGAGCCAUACGACCCCAAUCCACAAUACAGCUUCAGCUAUGACGUACAUGAUGGUUCAACCGGUGAUGUGAAGAGCCAACAGGAACAACGCAGCGGUGAUGUGGUGCAGGGCGCCUACUCGCUCAUUGAGCCUGAUGGCACACGUCGCAUUGUCGAAUACGCCGCCGAUCCAGUGCACGGCUUUAACGCAAUCGUUCGCCGCGAACCUCUCGCCGUUAAGGCCGUCGCCCCAGUUGCCAAGAUUCUAGCUCCAGCUCCGCUUUUGCACGCACCAGUCAUUGCGAAGGCCAUUCCAGCCAUCCCAGCUCUGCCAGCCUUGCCAGCUUUGGCCGCCUUGCCAGGAUUGCCAGCGCUUGCUCACGGACCACUUGCUGCACCCAUCUACCACGGUUAGACGUGUGCUGCAUGUUUAAGGAAAACAGCUCUUCAACAACAACAAGCACAACAAAUAUACUACACUUAGUCAAUUCACAUAUGAGAAAAUGUGAAGUAUUGCCGUUGCCGACCUCUUGCCGCUGCCAUCACCCCAUGAUUGAAUGAAUGACAACAACAACAACAUUACACAUUACAACAUUACUCGUAGCCCUCUGCAAGCCAACAAAACCACCAAACAAACAGACAAACCGUCCAACAAAACAAAAGCAUUGGCAUUUGCUCCGCCUAACGGUAGUAUGCCGCAAAGUGCAUCCGGGUUUGAAGUGUUCUCGCACGGCAGCAGACGGAAUUCUACUGUAAACGUUUUAACAAAUACCGUAAGAACAACCGUAAUAGUAGUAGUAGUAGUGGUGGUAGUCGUAGCUAACACACACACUCUCAAUCACAUACAUACAUACGCACUUCGAAUUCGCACUUCAGUUGGUCUCCACUCUCUGCUGCACACUGUUGGAGUCUCCCAGCCGAAGGACGUUGACAACGUGGCACUUUGCUAAAUGCUUUUUAUUAUUAUAUGUUAAUCUCGUUGGCUUGUUAUUAUAUCUCUAUAAAUAUUUAUAUAUGUUCAAAUAUCUCAAUAUUUCAUACAUAUGUACAUUCACGCGCUUUACCAUCUUCUUCAUACUAAAAUAUUAUCUUCGUUAUUCGUUACAA